UUUGCAGAAUUUGCGGUCUACCUGCAGCCCUUCAGAUUGGCAACUGCUUUUGUACUCUGACGGACUGAGCUUUUAGCUAACGAGAUUGGGGGACAACAAGCAUGGAUAGGGCAGCCCAGGUCCCUCUUCAAUUCUAGAAUUGAUUUAAAUUGCUUGCCGUCAGGAUUGGCUUGGAUAUCCUGUGCCACAGUUUUAACGAAGCACCACUUAUUAUUACAGGUGUGUGUUGUUUCGCCUCAGCAGCAUGGCUGUGGUCAUCCGCUUGCAGGGUCUCCCGAUAGUGGCGGGCACCAUGGACAUACGCCAUUUCUUCUCUGGAUUGACUAUCCCGGAUGGUGGGGUGCAUAUUGUAGGGGGUGAACAUGGUGAGGCUUUUAUUGUUUUCGCCACAGAUGAAGAUGCCAGGCUUGGCAUGAUGCGUACAGGGGGAGCAAUCAAAGGUUCUAAAGUGUCACUUUUGCUGAGCAGCAAGACAGAGAUGCAGAAUAUGAUCGAACAUAGCCGCAGGCGUUUUGAAACAGGCAAUGUGAAGGGAGCCGCGGGAAACGGUAGCAGGCCAGGCCCCACGAUAAGCUCAGGUGGGAGGGGCAGUUUACCCACCACUUUACAAGUCUUCAGCAACACCACACCAACUGCAGUCACCACAGCUGCAUCUGCACAUGAAACUAUAAGCAACAAAAAUGUGUCCACGUUUGCCACAACUAGCAUGGGAAACAUGCCUCCCAGUUUCAGCAACAACUUCAGCAGCCCAAAUCUUACCAUGGGAUCCACUAUGACAACAGCCAUGUCCUCCCUCAACUCUAUACCACCACCUAUCCCCCCUUUGCCAACCAUGCCAUCCCUGCCACCCAUGCCUUCCAUACCCCCCAUGCCACUUCCACCACCUGUGUCCUCUAUGCCUCCUCUUCCCACUGUGUCACCUUUAACCCAAGGCCCCCCUGUCCUUCCCAUGAGUCAUCUGUCCCACAUGGGCUCAAUGCCACCAUUUAACCCAGGCAUCCCACCCCCUGGUGGACUGGUCUCAGGGCUGCCUCUGGGAACCCCAAACCACAUGUUUCUGGGCCAUAUGAACCCUCUGUUAAAUCUCCAGGCACACAUGAAGGCAGCAAUAGGUAAUCCAGACGAGUUAUAUGUCCACCUUCAAGGCCUGCCAUUCUCAGGUACAGAAAUGGAUAUUAGGGAGUUUUUCCGUGGGUUAGCGGUGGACUCCAUCCGACUGGUCAGGGACAACAUGGGCCGGAGUAGCGGCAGGGCSCUGGCCAAGUUCUUUUCCCCUCAGGACACUUUUGAGGCACUCAAAAGAAGCACCGGAAUGUUAGGGCAGAGGUACGUGGACAUCUCUCCGGCCACAGAGAGCCAGUGGAUGAGUGUCAGCAGUGGGGGCAACGGGGUUGGAGGGCAAGCCCACUCAAAAUCCAGUAAUGUGCCCCAAGACCAGCACCGCCGCAGCAACAUGAGUUCAGUGUCUCCUUCAACCAGAGAUCAUGCAAGGUCUCGCUCCCCUCACAACAAGGAGUUCUGUGUCUACCUAAAAGGCCUGCCCUACGAAGCAGUAAAUAAACAGAUCUGUGAGUUCUUCAAAAACCUGAACAUUAUGGAAGACUGCAUUUACAUUGCUUAUGGACCCUCUGGCCGAGCUACAGGUCAGGGCUUUGUCCAGUUAAAAGAUGAAAUGGAUUACAAGGUUGCCCUCAGCUGUCACAUGCAGUAUAUGGGAAGCCGAUUCAUACAAGUUCACCCCAUCAGUAAGAAAGCUAUGUUUGAAAAGAUUGAUUCCAUUCGUCAAAGGAUGCAGGGUGUUGAUAAGAAAAACAAUUCUGAAUCAGGCAAGAACCCUAGAAACUGUGCACACAUCUCAAAUAUUCCAUAUAAUGUGUCAAAGAAAGAUGUCCAUCUGUUUCUGAAAGGCAUUGCGGUAUUUGAAGAAAGUCUUAAAGUUCUGGUUGACAGCAGUGGUAACGGUUUAGGUCAGGCUGUUGUGCAGUUCAGGGGAGAGGAGGAUGCGCUAAAUGCUGAGAGACUACACAGGCAGAAGUUAAAUGGCAGAGAUGCCUUUGUGGAUUUGGUCACCUUUGAGCAGAUGAAAGUUAUCGAGAGAAACCCACCACCACAGGUUAGGAGAGUCAAGAAACUUGAAGGGAACUCUCAAGGCCAGGCACACGGCCAUGCUCAGGCACAGAAUCCUAUUCAAGCCCAAGCUCACCCCUUUGCCGGUAUAACAGGAGAAGAGUUCAACUUCCUCAGAAACACUGUUGGCAAUUUAGGCAAUGGUCCUUUUGCUCAAUUUACUGUCCCAGGUAAUGGACUCGUGGGCCCUCCACCUCUACCCCCAUUUGCAGCCAGUCUAGAGAAUGUAGCCCUUAGCAUUCCCCCACCCAUGGUUGCCGGUCACUUGCCUGGAGCAGUUCUGGCACCCCCAAGCUUCCGACCAGGUAGCAACAAUGGCCCACCUGGCUUUGGACCAGAGGGCUUGAGGGGCAGGCCACCUUUUGACAAUGGCUCUAGAAAGAGCGGAGGCCAUAACAACCGAGGAAGUGGCCAAGGGCGUUCAGAAGUGCGCCCUCAGUCUGCCUUGGGCCGUGGCCCUGGCUCUGACCCUCUGAGAGAGCAGUCAACCGGAGGCCCUGGUAACCCUCGUGGACCAACCAUUGUAAAGAUCCAAAACAUGCCUUUCGCCGUAACAGUCGAUGAGAUCCUAGAUUUAUUUUAUGGGUAUCAAGUGCUGCCUGGUUCAGUCUGUCAGCAGUUAAGUGAAAAGGGCCUGCCCACUGGUGAAGCAAUGGUUGCCUUUGAGUCACACGAGGAGGCAUCAUCUGCUGUCAUGGAUUUAAAUGAUAGGCCUAUUGGGGCUAGGAAAGUGAAGAUAACCCUAGGAUAAGACUCCAAUGUUCCCCUCUACCAAUAAUGAUUAAGUGAAACAUCCGGUUUCAUUAAUGCAAAGGUAAGAACUUGCAUUUAGGAUUUAAGCUCCCAACUAUCUUUACCAAAGUUAUCAAGUUGUUAGUAGCGUAAGAAUAAAAUGGAACGCUGCUAUAUUGAUUUGAUGUAUAAUAUGAUAACUAAAGUGGGAUGGGGCGGCAGGGUAGCUUAGUGGUUAGAGCAUUGGACUAGUAACCGAAAGGUUGCAAGUUCGAAUCCCCGAGCU